AUGUCUGCCUACGAGCACAUUGUCCCCCUCCCUCAAUUCCCAGAACACGAGGACAAGUCUCCAGAGACUGCUCGCCUCAUCGUUAGUCAAUGGCUUGGCGGUUUCCAACAAGCCGUAAGAAACGGCAGUGUUGAUGACCUUGCCGAGUUGUUCAACGAGGAUGCUUGGAUCCGAGACUUUUUGACAUUUUCAUGGGACUUUCGCACAAUCCAAGGGUCCAACAAGGUAUCGGCCUACAUCAAGCAGAGCCAGAAUGCGGCGAGUCUCGUCGCAAUCAGCGCCCGUGACCAUGGGAAAUUCCAACCCAGUUUCAAGACGCCCGCUCCAGGAACUAACUGGAUCGAGUCCAUGUUUGAGUUCGAAACCUCGAUCGGCCGUGGUAAGGGCAUGGUGCGUCUGGUCUCCGGUGACAGGCCCAGUUGGAAGGCCUACCUUAUCAACUUCACUCUCCAAGAGCUCAAAUGUGCCGAGGAGCAAUCCGGGCUACGUCGCCCACACGGAUAUGUUGACCCGCGAGGAGGAACUUGGGGAGAGAGACGAGAGAGGCAGAAAGAGUUUCUAGACGAGGAUCCGACUGUCUUUGUGAUUGGAGCUGGUCAAGCCGGCCUCGAAAUCGCUGUCCGCCUGCGACAUGUUGGACUGCCAACUUUGAUCAUUGACAAAAAUGAGCAAGUUGGUGAUAACUGGCGGCAGCGAUACAGAACUCUUAUGACACACGACCCCAUUCACUACUGCCACCUGCCAUUCAUCCCUUUCCCCUCUGACUGGCCCAUGUUUGUCCCAAAAGACAAAUUGGCCGACUGGCUCGAGUCGUACGCAAAGAUCAUGGAGUUGAACGUCUGGAACAGGACAUUUGUGAAGACAGCCGAGUACGAUGAACAGAACAAGAUCUGGACCGUCACUGUUGAUCGUCAAGGCAAGGAGAGGACUCUCAAGCCUCGGCAUAUCGUCCUUGCAACAGGGCAGUCUGGCGACCCCAUCACCCCAGUGUUUCCUGGUACGGAAUAUUACAAGGGGAUGUUGUAUCACGGUAUCAGCCACAAAGAUGCUACCACUUUUGGUGACUUGAGCCAGAAGAAGGUCGUCGUCGUCGGUUCUGGCAACAGCAGUCAUGACAUCUGCCAGAACUUUUACGAGAACGGGGCUACUCAAGUUACCAUGCUCCAGCGAGGAGGCACAUAUGUCAUCUCAGUGGACAAAGGAGUAACACUCCAGCAUGCGGGAAUGUACGACGAGGAUGGGCCGCCAACUGAAGAUGCAGACAUUUACGCUCAGAGUCUCCCCAUCCCUAUUCAGUUUGCCCUGAAAGUCUUUGAGGCCCAAAAGAUCAGUGAGGUGGACAAGGAGUCACUGGAAGGGCUGGCCAAGGCAGGCUUCCUCGUUGACUCUGGUCCAGACAAGAGUGGCAUCUUUCGCAAGUACAUCACGAAAGGUGGCGGCUACUACAUCGACGUCGGUUGCAGCAAGUUGAUCAUCGAUGGAAAGAUUAAAGUCCGGCAGUGUUCAGAAGGAAUCAAGAACUUUGACGCCGACGGCAUAGUUCUUGCCGAUGGAUCAAGGCUGGAUGCUGACAUUGUUGUGCUCGCAACUGGCUACGAUGGUAUGCGAAGCACAGCGCUGAGGGCGUUGGGGAAGAAGGUUGCUGAUAGACUUGAUGAUAUCUGGGACUUGGAUGAACAAGGUGAAAUCAGAUCGAUGUGGCGAUCUAGUGGUCACCCUCACUUUUGGUGCAUGGGAGGUAACCUGGCUUUGUGCCGUAGUUACUCGCGGCUUCUUGCCCUUCAGAUCAAGGCGGUGGAGGAGGGGUUGUUCAAGCAGUGA